CUUGUUGGGUUACGUGCCCGAAAGGCCCAACUUGUGUCCUGGUUUGAAGACCCCGACAGAGUAGGUCGACUCCGUUUGCUGGGUGGUGUUGACCCCAGCCAAUCAGAACUGUGGGUCAUUCUGGGCAAGCUGGAGAAGCGGUUGUCAAUCAAGGAGGAGGAUCUUUCAGAAAAAAAUCUCAUCUACGAGGCAGUUUGUCGUCUUGUGGAUGCCUUGCGUGUGAAAACUGACGCCAGUCGGAGUGAUACACUACUCCUUGCGUUGCAAGUGAAUGGCGUCCAAUCGAAGCUGUUUCAGUUGCGUCGGAAAAUGGAAACCAGAUUUGCUGAACUUAUCAUCAGCAAUUCCGAAAGAGACCGGUUGAUCAAGAAGGUGUCGCAACUGGAGAAAAGCCUGGACAUAUGCACUAUACGGUCCUUGAGUGGCAUGCCACCGAACAAGCAGAUUGCCCGAGAGUACGAACUUGAAGAAAGACGCAAGAAGGUUCGCGAGGAUUACAAACGCGAAAAAUUGCGAGGUCCACGUAAGGUAUGUUUUUGCUGA